AUGGCGCUUCCACCAGAGCAAAUCAAUAUUAAGCGUCGACGCGAGGAGGAGCCCGUGGAGACUUUAUUCAUUCAAUCCGCAGUCCAUCAAACGAAGCGGCGUUUCACCGACUUUGUUUUCCACAGAGUCACUCUAAAAGCUAGUGUGAGCGCAGAUGCAUCUCCAAGCCCACCCUCAACACCGGCCGCGCAGCGGCUCAUUCGUAGCCCGCGCUCAGUAAGCAGUCUGCAUGUGAACCGCCGCGCGCCAGCAUCCUCGACGGGCGUCCCCAUGGUGAGGGCGACCUCACCGGGAGCGGAAUUCCGUGAAGCGCAGCGUAUUGUAACUGCGCGCAAAGAGGCCGAGGAAAGGCACAGGCGUGCUGUUUACUCAGGCCCUUCUCCUUUCUCUGAGCCGGAUCCCAGCUCUGCAACUGGCUCUGACGUUUCUCACCAAUCCGCAGUAAGUAACAGCAGCCCUGCCUCGGUGGAAUCAUCCAGCCAUGCGCAGGCCCUGCGGCGAUUCCAGAUCUCGCGCGCAAAUCUGGCUUCCUUGAGUGGUCCUGGAGGGGGAGUUCAGAAGCGACGGAUUGGUGGACCUGCGCCUGGUGUUGCUGUGUUGGUCGAGCAGUUGCAGCGAAAUGCGCACUCGCGCAAGGCGUCCAUGGUCUCGGAUCUGGUUGCUGAGGCGCAGACACUGUCUAUCAGACCGAAGGAGCUUGUUCAAGACACACCUCCGUCCCCGGUGAAACCACGUAAGAGACCUGUUGUCAACCAGGCCGAGAAACGGUGGCGGGAGGAGCGCAAGAAUGCCAUUUCAGCUGCGAAGCAGCAUCUCUCUGAGACUAUGGAGAAAACCUCAGAGAUGCAGCAAAAGAACUGGGAUGAGUCUGAACGCCUCGCCCAUGAGUUCGAGCAGGUUGCUUUGGAGCUUGAGCGAGAGGGGAAGCAACCUCAUGGCAUGGACCUCGAUGCUCACGUCCCUGGCAACCCUCCUCCUCCCCAACCUGUGUCUUUACAGCAUGCUUUCAGCACAGCUCCCAAGACUCCGUUGAAACACCAGCCCCGGGAGCCCAAGGAGCCGAGAGUCGCACCUACACCACCGCAAUCUUUGGUGAAGAAUGAGCAGGCUGUUGAGGAGGAUGACGAAGGCGAUUAUGUCUACGAUGUCUACAUUCGGCGUCCGCUGUCAGAAGCUGAGAUGCUGAAGAAUCCUCUUGCCGAAUACGAGUCCGAACAGCAGCAAAAGGAGAUGGCCAAGUCUCUGCCUGGAGUUGGUGUCAUUGUCAUCACAGCCGAGGACGAGGAGUACUGGGAGCACUUUGUUGAAGAUGACGAGGAGGAAUGGGAUAGUGAAGAUGCGGACUCUAAUGCCGAAAACAACCCAGCCAAUGAUUACCCAGACGAAGAAAUGUCAUCUGAUGAUGACGGCUUCGAUUACGAUGACUCGGCGAGCGAGGAUGGCGGGACUGGGUAUAUGUCGCGCUACCGUGGACACGUGGACUCUGACGAGGACUACUGA